AAAGAAAUUGCUGGUCGCAAUAGGCAUUGUGACCCUCAUAUUUUCAUAUGUAUUAGACUGAAUUUUCGCAUAGUCUCUUACAAAGGGUGCACAAUCGCGUGCGAUUUUAUACCGGAAGUGCUGAUCAGAACUGUGUGAGAUCACGUCCUUUUGAGCUGAUUUAUAAACAGAGCGACAAUACAGAUAAUUGCGAGUAAUCGUUCUUUUUCAGCUAUCGAAGAUUGUUGUGGUCAGAGCGGUGGUUCUUUUAACCGGCUACAGCAUUUUAAGAGAUUCAGCAGAAUACGUGUUAGUCUUUAAAGUAUCACAUGACUAUUUUUAGUGUGUAUGUUGUGUUCGGUAAGUGUUAUGUAUAGCCAGAUUUAGCAUAAGGUGAGUGAUGACCCAUAUGGAAAAGUGAGUCAUGGACAGGAACUGUACAGUGACAGAAUUCUAUAUUGUCUUCAUAUUUGAAUGAGAUGAGCCUGAUCAUACGUAACCUGCAGAAAGCCAUUCCUGUUAGAAGAGUGCCACUUCGUGAGAGGAUAGAACAACUGCGUUGCAUUUUGGGUGUGCAGAACUUUGACCUUGGUGUUAUCUGUGUUAGUAAUAAGUACAUACGGCACCUCAAUUGGACUUACAGAGGGAAGAAUAGCUUCACUGAUGUGUUAUCUUUUCCGUUCCAUGAGAAUCUGAAAGCAGGAGAGCUACCACAGCCUUGUACUCAAGAUGAAUACAGUUUGGGAGAUAUUUUUUUAGGAGUAGAAUAUAUCUAUCAACAGUGUCUGGAGAAUAAAGAAGAUUAUAACAGUAUUCUUACAGUAACAGUUGCUCAUGGCAUGUGCCACUUACUUGGAUAUAAGCACAGCACAAAAGCAGACUGGCAACAGAUGUAUGAAAAGGAAACACAAAUCCUGCUGGAGCUCAGCAGAUUGUCAGGCACAAACUUCCAACCACUGACCAAAAACCAUUUCUAACAUAUUUGUAUGCUAGUCCACACAUAAAAUAAAUACAUGUUCUAUUUUGUUCAGUUAAAAAAAAUCUCUGAUUUUGAGCAUAUUAAGAUAAUUGCAGCUUAGCAUACAGUAUUUAUUUUAUAUAUAUAUAUAUAUAUAUGGCCAACCUUUUUCCUGCAAGGACCACAAGGUAUCUUACAUAAUGUUCUUUUUUCUCUCCAUCUUAUCCACAUAUCCACUUUGUGGGCUAAGAAUCAGUGACUGGCCAAAGUCAUGGAGUGAGCUCCAUGGCUAAGUGGGAACUCAGACCUGGAUCUACAGAAUCCCAAUCAAAAGCCAUAAUACUACAAUGACUCCAGUACUUGUGUAAUGAUUCUUUUUUUAAUUAUUUCAGAUAUUGAAAUAUUUUACCUGACUGUUUCAUGAGGAUUCCUUGGUUAAGUGUCCUUUAUAGGUGGUAGGAGACUUUUCUUGCUUAACAUUAUUUAAAGCAUAUUAGCAAUAUAAGAAAUAUAUCAAUGUGGAAGCAGAAUCAUGGAGAAGAAGUAUCACUGUGCUAGUGGGAAGCUCUUUGGAAGAAACAUAUUAAAUUACUGCUAAUCAAGCAUUAAGAGAAAAUUGGCAUUAAAAGAUUUAUCGGUGGUACAUUACUCCAAAAGAUAUUGAAAAAAUAUAUAAGAAUUACAAUGGAAAAUGCUGGAAAUGUAACAGAUUGGAUGGGACUUUCUAUCAUAUUUGGUGUUGUAAAAUAAUGGAAAAAAA